AUGAAAAACAGAAGCAGACACAAGGGUCCCGUUAGAGACCCCAUGGCUACUGAGGACUGUCCCAGCAGGCAGGACAUGCAGAGCUCCCUAAAGCAGGUCCAGAAUCUGCUGUCGACCCACGAGGCUGCAUACCUUCAGAGCCUCCGCACCCUGAGGAAGAAACUCAACUUGCUACAGAACACAGCCACUAAACAGACUGAUACAUGUCUAAAGCUGGACACGCCUGCCAACAGCAGGAAGUUGGGAGAGGCGCAGAACCCAGGUCACGAGGUUCACUUUCUGUGUGAUGCGGGUUAUGAGUUGGUGGGAGCAGAGAGCAGGAUGUGUCAGGAGAGCCUCACCUGGAGCGGCCAGCAGCCCACCUGCAACAACAUAAAUGAGUGUGCCUCGUCUCCCUGUCUGAACGGGGGGACGUGUGUGGACAAGAUGAACCAGUUCUCCUGCACGUGUACCAAAGACAUUGAUGAGUGUGAGUUGUUCCAAAUGGGUCAGGCUGGCCGGCUGUGUUUACAUACCUGUGUUAACACCCCUGGAGGCUACCGCUGUACCUGUCCUGCUGGAUACAAUCUCACCCGCGAUGGACGCAACUGCAAAGACAUAAAUGAGUGUGCCACCAGACUGAAUAACUGCACCCGGGACCAGAUGUGUAUAAACAACUACGGAGGGUUCCAGUGUGUACGUGUGGACUGUUCCCGCAUGCGAAACGCCACCUACAGCAAAACCUCACCCCUCCGUUGUGAGCGUAACCCCUGCUCUGUGGACAACAAGGUGUGCUCUCAGGCCCCUAACUCCAUCUCCCACCACUACCUGUCUGUCGUAUCCAACCUGUCAGCACCACGCACCAUGUUCCAUGUGUCGACCCUCCGCCUCAUGGGCGACACGCUGCGUUUCUCCCUGUUGGGCCGCGGGCAGGCCUGACGCCACUUCACGGUGCAGCGGUCAGACCGACAGACAGGCCAGCUGGUGCUGGGGAGCCCGGUGCAAGGAUCUGCUACACUGGAGGCAGAGGUGGAGAUGACUGAGCCGGAGAAAGGGGUCCAGCCGGGGCGGUACAUCACCAAGAUCACCAUGUUCAUCUCCCAGCACGAGUUCUAGAGGGAGAGAGAAAGGGAGGGGUGUGAGUUGAGGGAGGCCAGCUGGAGUUGG